AUGUUUGCAGUAUACCUUCAGUUUCAAAUAGACAUAAGCAAUCUUCAGCUUCGUAACAAAGCUUGGACCGUGUCAUUUGAUUCUGCUAAAGAGUAUAUGAAUCUAAAGCAACUUUUAUGCUCAACAAAACCUGCAAUUGCAGAACUUUCCACUAGACAGGUCGAUGUUGUAGCCUUUAGAGAAGGGCUCUCAAGGAAGAGAAAUGUGUUUUGGACUGAAAAAAUGCCACCAGUCCAGUUUUAUUCUAGAAAAUGUCCAGAACAAACACUGGCCUAUCAGAUCUUCAAAACAGAUCUUGAAAACGAUUGGAAGUUAUUAGUGAAGGUACUUCGUGAGCAGCUGCAACUGAGAAGACUCAAAAUGAAAAGCAGCGAUCUAUACAAGAUGCUAGAUGCUCUACGAUGCAUGUAG